AUGGCGCACUCAAGCUCAGACGAAGGCCGUGUGCCCGGCACCAUCCACCUGGUCGACCUUGACCAUUCCAUGCACGCGCAGCACGCUGGUACCGGCGACAUCAUUCUCGACCCAAGUCCCUCAAGUGAUCCCAAUGAUCCACUUAACUGGUCACCACGCAGAAAGAUGAUGUCCACCAUCUGCACGAACUUGUAUACGUGGUUCGCAGGUCUCUCUGGCUCUACUGUCUACUCGGUGCUAGUCCCGCUUUCUGAACAAUCUGGCGUCAGCAUCAAGACUCUAAAUGAGGGCACUGGAUACAUGUUCCUGUUCCUAGGUUGGGGCCUGCUCUUUUGGCAGCCGUUCGCCCUUCGCUACGGCAAGCGUCUCACCUAUCUCAUCUCUGUCCUCGCUACCAUCGGAACCACUAUCUGGAGUGCCCAUGUCAAGAGCGACGGAGAGUGGAUCGCCAAGUGUAUUGUUCAAGGGUUCAUGUUUGCACCCAUCGAAGCCCUACCUGAGAUCAGCGUGACCGACGUGUACUUCACCCACCAACGCGGCACAUAUAUGAGCCUCUACAGCAUCACGCUCGCUGGCAGCAACUACUUCGCCCCAGUCAUCUGCGGAUUCAUCGCCGAAUACCAGGGCUGGAGGUGGGUCUUCUACUGGCCAGCGAUCUUCCUGGGCUUUCUCUUCGUGUUCCUGUUUCUGUUCCAGGAGGAGACGAACUACACCCGAAGCACUACGGGCAUCAUCUCUCGAAGCGAGACUCCGCCACCAGAGCGCGUCGAACCUGAUUCCGAGAAGACUCUCGCCGCCUCCAAGACGACUGCCUCAACGGGGAUAGGAACAGCAUAUGCUCCCGAAAAAACUUUUACGCAGAAGAUGGCUCUUUGGAACCCACAUCCUGGCAACAGCAUGAUCUCUCGCGCUUUGGUGAGCUUGAAAUAUCUGAGCUGGCCCGUCAUCUUCUAUGCCGGUUUCUCCUACGGCUCAUACCUGAUCUGGUUUAACGUUCUCAACGCUACCGCGUCCAUCAUUCUCGGUGGCCCUCCUUACAACUUCCCGGCUUCCAUGGUCGGUCUGAGCUACCUAUCUUGCUGCAUCGGCGUUCUUAUCGGCGCUCUGCUUUCUGGACGAGUCAGCGACUGGCUUACGAUCAAGCUUGCCCGUCGCAACAACGGCAUCAUGGAAGCCGAGCACCGGCUGUGGCCAUUCGUUCUAUGUAUAGUUGGUGUGCCUGCGUCUCUCAUCCUUUGGGGCGUCGGCGCAGCUCACGGUGUGCACUGGUUCGGGCUCAUCUUCGCCAUGGGCGCCCUCGCGUUCACAUCAGUGAUGGGCGUGACGUUGUCGGUCAACUACUUGAUCGACAGUUACCACGACAUCUCCGACGACGCGAUCGUCACCGUCAUUCUUGUUCGCAACACGAUGUCGUUCGCAAUCUCAUACGGCAUCACUCCUUGGUUGACGUCGCUGGGCUAUCAAAACUGCUUCGUUUCUGCGGCAUUCAUCGGCAUGGCUGCUUCGUCGGUGUUCUUGAUUAUGAUCAAGUUCGGUAAAGGGUUCCGUGUCAAAAGUGCAGCAAAGUACUGGGCCAUCGUAGCAGCCAAGAAGGCCAAGGCAGGAGCAUGA